AUGAAGAUCCCGCAUGCCGGCGUUUUGCUCCUUUCCCUGCUCGCGCAGACAGGGUCGGAGUUCUUGAAGCGAAGUGACAAUGUAUUGGCUGUGGAGCCAUCAGACAAGCCUCCCCUUCCACCUAAACCGAUGUUUGGCCCAGAGGCGUACGUUUUGGGAGUCAUUGCUCCAGGAUCCUUCGUAGCUGGUCUUGCGGCUGUUGUUGUGCUGCGCUAUUACGAGAGACGGUAUCCAUCCUCCGAUGGGGAGAUUGUUGACAGAGAGCCUGAGAAUGUGGAUGAGGAUGUGUACGGCGCAGGAGUUGCCACCUUAGUACGGGAUUCUUACAGCCUGGUGGAAGGCAAGGGCAGCCUCAUACUUCGUAUCUCGCGUUUGUCAAGCUCUUUCCUGCUCAUGCUUUUCGUUGUCUUCCUGCAGAUCUUCAUCAUCCUGCAGAUGCAGAAGCUUGUGGCAAGCCGUGCAGUGACAGAAAUUCGACAGAUCUACGGGCGCUAUGAGUUCGUCAUGUACGGCGCAGAGAUGUCACACAUCUACCUGACCGAAAAUGGUUUUCCGCGCGGGGUUGAUCCAAAGUAUUUUGACCCAGCAAACUUCGGACGCCUCAGUGAAAGUGAGCAGGCAUCGGCAUGCAGAAUCCCGUUCUCUCAGCCUCAGCUCUUGCUUCCUAUCUUGUUCAUCUGGACCCUGACAAUUGUAGCGGACCUCCGCCGCUGCGGUGACCUUUUCGUGCGCUUGAUCCUUGCCACCCCAACGAUCACUUCAAUGCGUGACGCUAUUGUAGAGGGAGAAGGCGAAUGCGAAGUGGUUGUCGGCCUGACUGCCACACUUAAAUCUGUGCUCAUGGUAUCCUGCAUCAUCCCUCGCUACCUCAUUGACGUUUACCUGCUUUGGCUCGGAUGCCGCUGGCUUGCAGCUACGCCCAGCUUCGGAGAUCUCUUGCUCAACGCUGUGGCACUCGAGUUUAUCCUCCUCUUGAAGGAUACUCUGUACGCAGGCGUGGUGCCUGACAGGAACAAGCGUGCAACGCAAAAUACCUUAAUCCAGCCUUGGCAGAGGAAAGAGCCCGCAAACUACCGUGUUUUCCUGUCGUCGUUCCUCUUGAUCUUGGUGACCUGCUCGUGGGUGCUGUACUACGUUUACCGCUUUCAGGCCGUCCUUCCACAGUACAAGUGGGAUGUGGCAAAAGUUUGUGCAUCCUAUGUCAAGUCAAUCACCAGUGGCAAGGCCAACUGA